UCACGCAGGCGACAUGAUACACUUCACCGUCACGUUCGACAGGACGAGAAGGCGAACCGCGUCAUCGGUUGCUUAGCGCGAGUGUUGAGUAGCGCGCGAGAAUAUUUCGUAGAAUUUCGCGCGGGAAGCCACCGGAUGAAAGCAUUUCCGUUAUCGCGCGAAAGAACGACCGCUCGGGAGAGCGACACGCGUCUCCGUUACGCUUCGUUUUCUUGCGCGUGUUUACAUUUUUCGAGACGCACACAUCGAAAAAACGGAAAGAUGACGAAUUGACACUCGACGUGAUUUCGCGAAAAAGAAGACGCCGAACAUGAGUUUUCCAGAUAAAAUUUCGUAGAAAAAAUAACGACUGGAAUCACGUUCUGGUAAUUCAUCGAAAAUACGUAUAACGAACGUUUACGAACAAAGGCGAAAGUCGUCGAAGAGGUUGAAGUUGCCGUUUGGUAGUAGCCUUGGCAGGUUGUGGCCCGCCGUGAAUCGUCGGCAGUUUUCGGCGAUCGUCGCCGCCACGCCGCAUCGUGCCCGUACGUUAGACACGAAAAUUGUCGGAGUUAGUUGACCCGUGACUCUCUCUCUUGCGUGCGCGCGCGCGCACGUUUGUGUUGCAUCAGUCACUAUUUUUUUUUUAUUUUCCUAUAAACGUUACGUGAUGCACGUGCGUCGUGCAGGUGAUUUUGUUUUGUUUUGUUUUGUUUCGUUUCGUUUCCUGCCGCGUGUGGUAGAGUGAAAAGUUACGCAGUGUAAAAAAUACGCGUGCAAAAAUCUAGUGCGUGUGUGAUGAAAGAUAGUGCGUAAUACUUUUUCUCAGAGCCACAUGUGACGUAUUCAUCGUGUUGUGUUGUCCAAUAGUGGUGUAAUCUUAAAACGCGCGGAGGUAUAGAACUGUGAGACAACAGUUAUGUAAAUAGUGCGCGGAGCGUAAACCGCGAAGAGAGACGAUUUAUUACGAAGUCAAUCAUCCGUUGCAACAUGGAUCAUCAACGUCUUCUGUCCAGCAAUAACAACAAUUAUCCUACACAACAUCAUUGGCUCCCGAAGAUGUGUUCCUGUAUCGACGGCAAUUCCACGUUGCCGAGGAAUCGAGUCGUUGGACGAUCCGGAAGCUACGAGCGACUUGGAUCUGAUCUGACGAUCUUCGAGCUCAGUAACACCACGCAUAGAAAUCGAAAGGAAAAUGAAGAUUUGGUAGACAGCGAAAGACAGGAAGAACUGCGCUUUUACAACAAUGAGAAUUCUUUUACCACCGUGGUAGUGGAAAAGAAUCUACGAACGAUCGACCUGUGCGAGCUGCUCAAAGUUAGGAGAAAUGCUAUCGGCACCGCUUGGUCGAUAGUAGAGACUUGGCCAAAAUUAGGGAUUGAACGCACAUUAGAAGAUCAUGAAGACAUUCUCGCCGUUCAUAGGGAAUUGGAAAUGUUUGCCUCGCGCUACGAGAGGAGAUUUUACUUUAGCGAAGACUUCCUGAAGUAUGAAGUGUUUCUUAAUCCUAAGCAAUUCUUCCCUCUCGAUAUGGUAGCGUUUCCCGGCGGGGAAAAUAGGAGCACACUCACCGACACUGAGAGCGCACUGAGGAAUUAUCUGAUGCGAGAAGACGGUGAAUGUCCGCAAGUAUUCAGCAUAUUGUGGAUAAGACACGCAAACUCGAAUGGUUGGAAGAAAGUGUUUAUGCUGCUUCAAGGUCGAAAACUCUACACUUCGAAAAAGCCUAUUGCAACGAUACCGAAACGGCCUCUGGAAACCGAGUGUCUAAUCAUAUUCGCGCACUUGACGGAUUACAACGUGUACAGGAUACCGAACUUCAAGCGAAUUUUCGGCGCACCCUUCGAGUGGGGCGCCUGCCUAAGGCCGACCAGCAACGCCGAAGCCGAAGAUACGGAGGCUGGAGAACCGGGAAUCAAGGUCAUAGCUUUCGAGAACGAAAAAUCGCGCGCCUGCUGGCUCACAGCCAUGAGACUAGCUAAGUACGGCAAACAGCUCCGAGAAAAUUACCGAGCCUUCAAGAACAAGCAGUGCGAGCAAAACGGCAGCGGCAGCCCCAAGGAACAGUACAGCAGCUACAAUGUGUCCAACGAGUCUAUACGAUCACGCGUGGCGAUGGAUUUUACCGGUAGUGUGGGCAGGAUAGUCGAAGAUCCAAAGGAAGCCAAGGAUAUAGCCGAGAACGAGGGUAUGGUUUGGCGACGGAGAUGGCGACCGUUCUCGCGAACACCACCGGGCUGUGCCAUGAUGAGGCUGCAUGGACUUGACGGAGGUAUACACGUUCUACAACCUUGGUUUCACGGCGGUCUGAAGAGAGAAGUCGCGGCGGCCAUUAUAAGAGAUCACGGCAGUGUCGACGGUGUGUUUCUGGUCAGAGAAAGCAAGAGCAAUCCGGGAGCUUUCGUGCUGACCUACAAGUACAACGAUAAGGUCUUUCAUGCGCAAAUCCAACCCAUUUUUGACGAGCGUCGUAACUGCUGGUUGUACACUCUUGAUAAAGGUGCGACCAAAUUUUACGACUUGUUGCAACUGGUCGAGUUCUAUCAGUUAAAUGCGGGUUCGCUGCCUACCCGGCUGACUCACUAUGUGCAAAACGGUGUGAAACUGCCACUUCACAAAUCGGAAGACGGCGGCGCGUCGCCAUCGCCACCGGAAGGCAGCAGCCAGCGAAUUACUACCAGCAGCGACAAGGUUAUUGUCGAGCCGUGCAAGCCAAGCAGCAUUUGAGUAUAGGACAGUCGGCGACCCGCUGGUGUUGUCGACGGCGAUCGCCUGUUUACCGCAUGCGGCACCACCAACGGGCCCGUCACUAUCACUGAAAACGUUGUGAUGAUACAUCGUACCAGCAACAGCAACAGUAACAACAAUCGCUUGGAGAACAACAACAGCAGCGGCGAUGCCAACGGAAAUCACAGCGAUGUUUCCACGACACGGUCGGGUUGCUGGAGUCUAUGUCUCUGCAGUUACAACAAGUGGGAAUUGUAGCGCGAUCAGCGGUGAUAGAAACAGCAGGACGAUGCUCAAGCACGAAGAAGAAAUAGUUGUUUUGUUGUAAAGAAAGUGGGAAAGAUAAAACACACAUGAAGAAAGAAAACGGAGUAAACAAGACAGUUACAUGACUUGAGCAUCAUCGAGUACAUCUUUGGAUUGCGGUUCGUUCAACGGAGCAACAUGUGUAGUGACGUCACUGGGUCGGCUGACCCGUGCAACAGAACGACCAAUCUUUGGGCACGAAACAUGCAAUAAAAACAAAAGUAUGAGCGCCGCGAAAAACAUCUCAGAGUCGUUGUCGUUGUAACAAAAUAGCUGUAACAAAUAAGUUUCUAUUUCGAUUUCUUAUUUCUGUUUUGUUUAUCCAAAAUAAUGUGGCAACGACUCUUACACGGUAACAAAACCUCUUCGAUAUUUUUAAUCGUUUAUUACUGUGUUAGUUGUAUAAAAAAAAAAAAAUCUAUCGUGUCGUCUACGAUUUGUCCGAACAGCUUCUCUUACAUUUUCUUUCUAUCUGAUAUUUGCAAUGAUAAAAGCGCGACUAGAUGAUAAAAGAGAUAUCGGUUUUCUUUUUUCUCUAUUUUUUACAUGUCCAUGUUCGCUCAAGUAUGGUGAUUAAAUUGGUAACUGCGUACGACGACAUUAUUAAGUUGUUUAUUAAGUUGCGAAGUUAUUUCGUAAGAAGAUGAGAAAAAUGCGAUUUCAUACGUUUGCGUGGUGAUGCAUGCCGUGUUAUGUAUGAAUGCAAAACGAAAAAAAAAAAGAGAAGAGCGAAAGGAAAAUGUAUCGUAGAUUACGAUACAGUUAGAUAACAAUAUCCUAGUAAACCUGCAAUACAAGAAAAGAACACAAAUAUGAAAUUUAGUCUUUCUGUGCGCAGUUGUGAAUGAAUGCUGCGUAUGUGUAUGUAAGAAAGGGAGAGAUAGAAAGAAAGAAAGAGAGAGAGAGAGAGAGAGAGAGAGAGAGAGAGAAAUAGAGAGAGAGAAAUAGAUGCUCGAUAAAAUUGAUGCAUGAUCUUCCCCUCCUCCAUCAUUUUUUCUUUGUUUUUCUAUUUGACACGCGUUGCGCAUAAUUCUUGCGUUUAGUUGUUUCUCGAAGAAGAGAAUGCGCGACAAAGUCAACCGCGAAACCACCACACGACUUUGUCGCUUGACAACGAUGACGAGCUUAAACGGCGAGAGAAAAUCGGUCAAAUCCAAGGGAGAGGAGAGAGAGUAUGUAUGUGUGUGCGUGUGUGUACGUAUGUGUGCAUGGAAGCGUCAGCGUAUUCCGUUCAUUAGCUGUAAGGCUGUGUCAGACAAGAUCGCUUGGAAACGAUAAUGUCUAGAUUCAGGAUUAUUUCCAAGUUCAGAGUGUUCAAAAUUAAGCGAGACAGUUUCUCGUCGAGGGGAUAAGAGGAAGAAAGCAAGUUUCUCAUGGUGAUGUUGAGAAUGUCUCGCGUUUUGUUUACAAAAUUUUUUAUUGCGGCUUGCAAAAAGCCACGACGCGAUAAUUUGCUGCGGAACAAAGUGGCAAGAAUCACAUAAUAUUAAUGAACCUAAGGGAUACAAUACGAUUAGUGUAAGAAUCCUCGAUGCGCGUUUGUCGAGAGCCAAGGGACAUGUACGUUUCUGAAUUCUGGAAGUUACUGUAACGUGCUUUAAGAGAUUCAGAAGCAUGUGCCUCGGCAGACAUGAUCUCAUAUUUUACAGACGUUUUCAGUUGUGUAAGGCAUUUGUUGUUUAUAAUAUGAAUUCGGAGAGAUUGUGAAGUUCAAUUAAAUUAAAUUACUACUAUAAAAACCUAUAAAACGUGUUAAGGAACGCGUUAAAAUCGAAAUAAGGGAAGACGUGAGAAAAUGUGGAUGAGUAAGAGUGAGAUAAAAAUAUGCGUAUGUAUAUAUGUGAGGAGAAUAAAAAAGGUUUAUGUGUGUGGGUAAAAUACAAAAGAGGUAUAUUUAAAUACAAAAAUAUAUAUAUACACAUAUAUAUAUAUAUGCAUAUGUUCUAAAUUAUAUAUGAUUACUUUUAUAUUCAGGAUAUUAUACUAUCAAGAGAGAAAGAAAGAGUGAAAGAGUGUGAGAGAGAAUGUGAGAGUGAAAGAGAGAAAAGCGUUGAGGUGCGCGCGUGUGUGUGUGUGUGUGUGUGGGGGUGUGAAGUUCGUGGGUGUAGCGUCACCGGUUACGAACGUUGUCGUGCAUUCUAGAUUUAUAAUGUGGAAGUUUUUAACGUAAUGGUUUUUCAAUAAUAAUGUGAAAGUCAUUAUAACGAUAAAAAAAAGUCAAGAUUGGCGGGAGCUGUGGAGGAGUGUGCAGGGUAUGGACGUGAAAGACAAUUAUUUACGCAAUGUAUUAUGAUUCGUCGAGAAAAAAAACAGUACCAAACCCUCCGCACUUAUUCGUAUCUACUUUUUAAUAUAUAUAUUUUUUCAUCGAUUAUAUAUAUUUAUUUAAUAUCGAACGCGUGUAGCGCCUACGCGUCAUGUCUUGAAGUGGUAAUUCUUGCGUAAUUCGAAGAAGUGCAGAUCUUAAACAGAUAUGUAAUACACACACAUACACACAGCAAACACAUACAUACAUAUACACACACCACACCACGUACAAUAAACACAGACAAAAAUCGCAUUAAAUUUUAGAAUAGUAACGCUUUAUAGAGAACUAAAUAUUAGGAUAACAAAUUCUUCGUGAAUGGGUAUGAGAAAAACAAUCUUCUGUAGAACGGUGGUCCAUAAACACGGCGUUCAUCCCUGAUCUGUUCGCUCGAUGCCCUCCAUCCUCUCACUAAAUUCAACGUAAAGGUAAAAAAUUAUUAUAACGAAAUUACCUCUUUCGGAUUACGCUUAUAAAUCGCGCGGAGAAAAAUUAUCCUUUCGGCCUUUCGUGUAAAUAUGUCUAUUUAGGCCAAACCCCCUAACAUUUCUCCUUAUCCUGAUUAUCCUGUCUGCUCGUGGUCUGUUGACAAUUUGAAAAUCAACUUUGAUAAGCGGUUAAUCAAUCUUGAUUUUUCAAGUCGACACCGCGAAAAUCCAUCUUCCGUAACUUCUCAUAACCCAAAGAAUCGAACGGAAACUGAGACAAACGCCAGGUUCCUGACCACCAAACGUAUAAAAGAAGCUAUAAAUAUUAUUAUGACGAUUAAUUAACUACAUAAAUUAUAAUAAAAUAUAUUUUGUAUUAAUGUAGUCACGAAUAAUUGCAAGCAAACGCAGUGGUCUGUGAAGACUGAGAAUCCAAGUAAAAAGAAAAGAAAUGCGAUAAAAAAAAAAAAAAAUUAGUCCUGUGCGAAUUUCAUCGACGUCUGUUACGAACAAUAAAAUGACCAGGUAACGGAAAGGUUAAUAAUUGUGUUUUUAUUUCUAUCCCAGGACAGUGUUAUUGCGUUAUAAAAUAUUUUUUUAUUUUACAUUUUAUUGAGUGUUAUUAUUGGCGUUGUAUCUAAUUUUUAAGAGAGAUUAUUUCACCUAUUUUACCUAACUACAAAAAAAUCAGUUUUACCUUUCUUCUUCGAAAACUCUUUAGGAUGUAUUACGGCCACAGCUUUGAAGUACAUUGUCACGAUGCAAACAAAUGUCCACACUCGUGCUUGCGUGUACGAUCGAAUCAUUCGCAGACGUUGAUGAAACUCACAUUGUCAGUCUGGGCAAGCGAAUGUUCCCGAUGUAGAAUUCUCUCGUCGGAUCGCUCUCUAAACUCAAUCAAUCGCACGAGUUCGAUUGUAUAAUACAAGCGGCACACAAAUUCACCUCACUGUCUAUCGAAUGAGUGAAAUGAAGGUCCGAAACAAUCGAGAAUACAAUGGCAGCCGUUACUUGGCUUGGAAGAGAAAAACGGUAAACAUACGAGUUCCGGCCAGGCUUUUUGCUGUUGCGCACUCCUUGUGAAAUUCGCAACAAGCAAAAACAGCUUUUUUAAUCCGUAGAGCACAUAUGUGUGUAAUAAAAUAACUUUUUUUUUUAUAUUCUCUCGUCGCGAUAGAUUAUCUGUUUACAAUUUCAAUAAGAGGAGAUAAAACGAGAGACGUGAGCGAUUUUUAUUUUUUUCUUACUUGACAUCACGUUUUUUCACAAUAUUUUUUUUGGCUAGAGAAUAAAAGAAUGAUUUAGAAGAUGGCAUACGGCAUCAAAAUUAUUGUCUUUGACAAGCGCGUCGCGAUUGAAGUUUCACAAACCAUUUUGACAAAUUUUCGCGGAACACACGUGAGUAUCGCAGAGAUUACACGGUCCUUGUUAACAGCGUCAUAGUCAUAGAAGCAUUUCGCGAUAAGAACAAAUUCGAAACUGGCAAGAAUCGAACGCGAAGACGUCCAGAAUGUUAAAUUCAUCAGCAUGCACUCCCCCGUUCGUUGAUCAAGCAAUCAUAAUAGUGAUAAUAAUGAUAAGCAAUCGCGCUCUCCUCGACUCGGAGCGGGCGAAAACGCUUUAGAAUGAAAGAAUAUGUGCACGUGAGGCGAUUACCCUGGUUGAAAAAUUGCGCGAAAGUGCCCUUCUUGCGUGUAAUAGAGUAUACAUAAUCCAAUACGACAUAUGAGCCGUCGGGUGUCGUAUAGAUCCACAUAUUGUGUUGUAUUUAACAAAAACCUUACUUUACCCCUCCCCCAGACAAUUUUUUGACAUUUUUUUAUAAAUCUAAUAAAAACAUACCGUCUCUUUUGCAAAUAUCAUCAUCGUAUAGCAAAACCGUUGUUUAAUUUCGUUCAACUUUAAAAAGUCUAUCCCCGUGAAAGAAACGAUGGCAACUUUUCCUGUUAAAAAAAUAUACAACUAAUUUAUAUAUUUAUUAGUUAUAUACCAAAUAUUAAACUAUAAUAAAUUAUAUACUGACAUGUAUUGGAUUUUCUAUUAUUGAUUACUUAACAUCGCUGUUUCACCUGACGGCUCGUGCCAGUUAACUAAAGGGAGGGCAAAAAUGUCCCAUCGACAAUCGCCACGUGCGUCAAUAAUCGCGAAAAACCGAUUGAUACAUAUUGAUACAAUUUCAGGUACUUGCAUUUUAACGAGAUGCACUCCCGAGUUAAAAAAAAAAAAAAAAA